GCCCCUGACUUUAUAAAUUCAUAACACUUUGAGUCCUUCUGUCAAGAUUCCGUCUGUUUGACCGUUUGGGCUAGGGGUAAGACCGUCCUUUUGCUCUAUUUCCCUUCUAAAAACCCCAAAUUAACUAUUAAAGCCCUAAUUCACUCCCGCCAAAACAAGAAGACAGUUGAGUGUGCGACAGAGAAACCAAAAGCGAUGGACUUCACAUGGCGUCUUCGUCCUCAAGGUGAAUACUACGAUCCUGAAGAUAUAUAUGGGGAUGAACCUAGAGUAUUUUCUGUAAAGAUUAACCAUGGAGGUGAGUUUACUGAUUAUCCAGGAAGGGAGUAUGUCAACGGUAAGGUUAGUUACAUUGACUGGGUUGAGUUUGAUAAGUUUAGUGUUGAUGUUCUUCGUGAAAUGCUGAAAGAUAUAGGUUACUCUGUAGAUGAUGUGUUCAAUUUUUUUGUUAAGGAUCCUAAUGUCUGUUUGGAUUUUGGUCUUAGACACUUUACUGAUGAUGAUGAGUUAGAUUAUGUGUAUGACCAACUUAGAAAAGGAUGCAAGUUAGUAGAUUUGUAUGUUGAAAUAGGAGAAUCUAGAAUCAAGGAUUCAACUGUAAUGAGCUUGGCUUUACUAGAUAAUGUGGGUGAAGAUAAUGUGGUUGAGGAUGAGUCAGAAAGUAGCGAGGCAGUUUCUGAGGGUGAGUCAGAAAGUAGUGAUAAAGAGAACAGUGAUGAAGAAGAUCCAGAUUACACAUUUGGUCAGGAACCAGAUAAUCCAGUGUUUGAUUAUGAAGUAGAUAUGAGUCAGUUCAAGGCAUGUGUUGACUUUGAUCCUGAUGAAGUCAAUGAGACAAUUAGGGAUGCUAGAAAUGAGAAUACUGAAGAAGAACUUAGGCUUUCAGGUAGGGCCAAAUGUGACAUAUUGUUGAAUAAUAUAUGUGAAGUGUUCAAUAGGCAGUUGAUAGGAGCCAGAGACAAACCUGUAAUCACAUGUUUAGAGUUCAUAAGAGUGUACAUGACCAAAAGAAUUGUGAAUGUAAAGAAGGUUCAAGCUAAAUCUCAUGGUCCAUUAACUCCUCAUGCUCAAGAAGUGUUUAAUAAUCUCAAUCAAGGGCCUGGGAGGGGAGAAUGUUCAAGAAUCUCAAUCUGUAUCACAAGGUGCACCAAGUGA